CACUAAAAUAGAAGCUCCAGUCAGUUCAAUACAGACACACACGCCGUGAGAGGACGCUUGUCGCUCGAAACCAACCCUUGUGCCUUCUAUGUCAUGUGCAAUUACGCAGAAAUCAAGAAAGAGAAGAGCGACACCGACAUCAGCGACAGUAACGGAAGAAAACGGGAACGGGCAAGGAACGAUAACAUGGACAACGAGAGCAAGGAUCCUCUCCAUCCCACCAGAAGCGACGGUGACAAUGAUCGCAUCGGAACAGAAUCCCGCCCGGCCAACAUGAUGGCCAGCGCCCCGUGGUGGUCCAGGGUGAUCUUUCGCUGGCCAUAUCCUCUGCUCAAGCUCGGGCUUGAACGACCGCUCGAGGAAAUCGACCUCCCGGAAAUCCUUCCGAAGGAUACCUCGCGGUACAAUAGGGAAUACCUCAUGGAGCUGUGGGAUCGCGAAAAGGAACGGUGUCGGAAAAAGAACCAAUGCCGAACAAGCGGCAGCAGCCAACAACCACCCCUGAAACCCUCCCUCCACCGCGCCAUUCUGAGGGAUUUUUUCCAUUCCAUGUGGUACAUCCAGCCGUGCAUGUUUCUCUCCUCGACCGCCAAGAUUGUCCAGGCCUUAUUCCUUGGAAAACUUAUCGAGUCCUUCGAGGUGAGCGGGGCAAACACCUCCGGAUACAUAUUUGCGGGGGUGAUUGUAGCCUGUGGGAUUGUGGUUUUGUUCGAACACCGUAAGUUUGCGAAGUCGAGAAUGGUUGAGAGUCUCUGGCACAAGUCGACGUUUUGUUUCCUGGUUCAGGUGCAUCGGAUUGUGAAAUUUCAAGCGAGAACUUUGAAGCAGCAUUUGUGGUGCCGCAUUGAACGCAGCAAUUGAAUUAUUAAGCGAUCCCUUUGCUUUGUGUCACAACUGACGUUUUUGUACAUCGGUCGUUCUUUGCUGAUUUAUUUACUGUCGCCGUCGUCAUCGCUCCACGAAGACCACAUCUUCUUCGUCACCUGGAGGAAGGGAAUGCAGCUUCGUGUGAGCUGCGUAGGCGCGAUCUACGGGAAGUGUCUGAAACUAAGCAGCACCCACCAGGAGACGAACGCGAACUCGGGCCGGAUCAUGAACCUGGCCUCCAACGACGUGGAACGGUUCCUGCUGGCAUCCCUUUUCAUCAGUUACCUGAUCUGGAGUCCCCUCCAGGCAAUAGCUAUUCUGGUAGUCGGGUGGUUUCAGAUGGGCCCGGCCUUUGCGGUCGGCUUUUGCCUCCUUAUUUUUGGGUUUGUCCCCUUUCAAUUCUAUUUGUCGAAUCGCUUUGCCUUUUUGCGGUCCAAGAUCGCCGCCAUUACCGACCAGCGCGUAAACUUUGUCUCGCAGGCUGUUCAGGGGGCCCGGGUGAUGAAAAUGAGCGGGUACGAAUACCGGUUUUUUGAUCGCAUCUCGAAGGGCCGACACAGAGAAGUUGCCCAGAUCAUCCGGGCAACCAACCUAAAGGCCCUGAACGAAGCGUUGUUCUUUGCCUGCAAUAUUGUGGUGUCGCUGGUCAUCUUUUUGAUGCACGUUGGAGUUUUCGAUGGAACCCUUUCUCCCGGAAACGUCUACACGGUCUUCACACUGGUCAAUAUCUUGCAGCUCGAGCUGACCAAGCAUGUGUCCCUCGGCGUCAUGGGCGUCAGCGAGGUUUACGUAAGCAUCUCUAGGAUCCAAAAGUUUUUGGAAUUUCCCGAGCGGCCCGCGGGAAACACCAGUAAAUGCGUUGCUAAUUUGCUCUCGGGGGAAGGAAAAAUGGAUAGAGGCCCAAAAGGUGCCGACGAUCUUAUCGCAAGCAGCACUGACUCGGAACCAAACGACCAGAAAAUCGCCAUUUCCUUGUCGAAUGUGGACUGCUAUUGGAACCAGGUGAAGGCAUGCGACUCCAGAAGCGACGAAAAAGUCUCGCCAACGGGACCAGAGCUUGAUAUGGUCAAACCGGCAUCGACAUCUAGCAGCGAGAAAGAGGAAGAAACGGAAUCAGCUAUAGAUUCGGGUCUCGUUUCUGCUCUUUCCGAUAUUUCAUUGGAUCUAGAACGAGGUCGACUAACGUGUGUCAUUGGAACGGUCGGAUCUGGAAAAUCCGCACUCUUGCAAGCAGUGGUUGGUGAAUUGCCUGCCUAUCGCGGGAGCAUCUCAUUCAUAAGCGAAGAAGGGAGCUACCAAACGUCUAACAGUAGCAGACAGAAAAUAUCAUACGCAGCCCAGGAUCCAUGGAUCAUGGACGGUACCGUCCGAGAGAAUAUUACAAUGGGACUCUCCUUUCGGCAAGAAUGGUACGACAAAGUUGUGGACGCAUGUGGGUUGCGGAUGGACUUUUCUCUCUUUCGGGACGGGGAUUCCACCAUUGUGGGGGAUCGCGGUGUUCAGUGCAGCGGUGGUCAGCGGGCCCGAAUCGGCCUGGCACGUGCCAUCUACCGGGAUGCCGAGGUGCUCGUGGCCGAUGACCCACUCUCGGCCGUCGAUGCCAAGGUCGGCCGACAGAUUUUUCAAGAGGCCCUGCUGGGGCUUUGUGUCAAUCAAGGAAUAUGUGUGUUGCUGGCUACUCACCAGCACCAAUAUGUGCAUAACUAUCGGUGCGUUCUGAUGGUGGAUGGCCGCAUUGGGUGCAGAGGGUCCUAUGCGGAAUGCCUCGACGCAGCCGGAGGAAAAUUGUCGAUUCACGAGGCCGCCGACAUUGAUGACACCUCGAUUAACAAAUCUCAGUUGGGCGAGGAUGAUGCGGAAGAGCAAAUGCGAACGCCAAUUAGGGAUGCUCGAGAGAGCGUUGUAAAGACAAGCAACGACGAGAUCGGAAACAUAGAAGUAGAAGUAGAGAAGAGUGCUGGCAACACCGCAGCGAAAGAAGAAUCCAAAGAAGGGACGAAUCGCGGUGUUGUAGAAUUUGAGACUUACAAGAAUUAUAUUUACGCCAUGGGCGGAUGGCCGGUGGCGGCGUUCCUGCUGUUCACUUUUUGUACAACGCAGGGCGUCGCUCUCUGGACAAUCAUCACCAUGGGAUUGUGGGCCGAACUGCCUCCGCAAGAGCAACGGUCUUGGAAUAUUGUGGGUCUGAUCAUUGGACAGGUUUGCAUGGCGAUCCUUUUAUCGACAUUCCGGGCCUUUCUUUCUUUUUUUAUGACUAUCAAGGCAUCCAAGAAUCUGCAUGACGAUAUGGCCAAGGCGGUGCUGAGAGCCAAAAUUUCAUUUUUCGAUACCAACCCGUAAGUUUGAAACCAUCAAUGACUUUGAUUCUGAUCGAAAAAUCGGAUUAACUUAUUGCAGGUCCAGCGAAAACUUGCUCUCGUCUGAACGUUUUUGUGUUUUUUAAAUCUUCUCCUUGUCGAUCGCCUACAGAACUGGGAGAAUACUCAAUCGAUUCUCUGCUGAUGUAGGGACCAAUGACGACUUGUUGCCUCAAACGCUUUUCGAUUUUUCGGUGAUUUUCUUUAUGGUUAUUGGGGCUGUGUUUACGACACU